AUGCAUUCUAUUCUUUCAGAGAAAACCAUUAAACCUGUUUGUGAUAAAUUUAUUGAAACUGGAUCGAUGCAUGAUCGUGGACAAUCAAGAAGAUCAUUUUUAGUAACAUCCGAAAAAUUAGAUGAAAUUGCUAAAGAUCUGUUAAAUAACUCAAUGAACAAUGUUCGUCGAUUUAUUAUGUAUAUAAUUUAUACAUUACAAUCUCAAACUCAAAAAUAUGAAUGUAUGCACUGA